CACACUUGCUUUGCACUCGAGGAGCAGCGCGAGCCCCAGCUAGAACCAGCUUCUCCAUCCGCGGCCGGGAUCAGUCCAGCUGCAUGGGGCAAGAGCACCCAUCACUCCUCCUCCUCCUGCUGCUGCCCUCCUCUCCAGCAGCGCCCCCCACCUCCACCACCCCUCACCCAACGCUGCUGCUACUGCUGCUACAGUUCCUCUGAUUCCUCCUCCUCCUUCUUCUCCUCAUCAUCAUCUCCUUCAUCCUCCUCAUCCUCUUCCAGCUCCAGCCCCCCGGUUCAUGGCGCAGGGGCUCCGCGGCCGGCGCGCGCCCCGGUGUCGACAGCUCGCUUCGGAGGAACGCCGAGGAGCAGGAGGAGAGGCAGCGGCGGGAGCAGCGCAGGCAGCGGGACUGUCCUCCAGCCUCGGAGCCGCGUCCGCAUUCUCCCCCAGCCCCUGAUGGUGGGAUCGGUGGGCUGCAUGCUUCCCGGACGCUCCACGCCCCCCCAUCCUCCCCACUCCUGGAGGACAUUUCCCAACAGCUAGGAGACACCUAUGGAAUCUGGGGACCAGAAUUUUAGGAAAAAGGAGAACUGAACGUUUGCGUUUUUUGCGUUUAGCUUCGCUCGAAGCUCCUGGUUCUGCUCGGUUCUAGCUCUCUGGCUCUACCUCUUAUCUAACGCUUCUUCUUCUUCUUCUUCUUCUUCGAGUUUGCUCUGAUUCUCUGAAUCAGUAUUUGAUUUUGGGACACUGAUGUAACAGCAGCGUACUGUUACGCUAUUUAUCAAUACUGGAAUAUUCUGGGGUGCUCGAUCUUUUUCGUUUUUUGAGGAGGUGCAGGCUUUGGGACUGAAAGGAAAUCUCAAAAUAUCUUAAACUAGUCUCAAAUACAGCCACCCAUCCAUUGAUUCAUUUGAUUCAUUUUAGUCAUUGACACAUUGAUUCAUUGAUCUAUUAUUGAUCUACGUCUUAUAUAUCUAUCUUUUGUUUUGCUUCUCUCAGUUUUAGUUUUCUGCAGGCUCCUGCUUGCUUCAUUCAACCUUCUUUUUAAGGCUGGGGGUCCGUCUAUCUAUCUGAUCUGUCUAUCUGAUCUCUACAUCUCUAGAUCUACAAGAACUCUGAUUCUCUUCUUUAGCUUCUUCUUAGCUUGGUGGUCUUUCUCUCUAUCUCCCUGUCCGUCUUUCUGUUUUUCAGUCAGUUUUCAUAAUGCUCCCAAUUUGAGCUUUUGGUGAUAUGUGUAUAAUAUAUGUAUAUGAGAUCUGAAUUUGGUGAGAGCCUAUAAAUUGGGGCACACUUGGGGUGGUCGUCCUGGUGGUGUGCACGUACCGUACGUACUAAAGCCACGAUCUCAGGAGCUCGGUUUAUAUCCAUCUAUAUAAAUAUAAAGAUAGACAGAUGUUCUGCAGCUGCAGGUUUUAUGUAGCUUUUAUUUUGGGAGCAUUCGUGCUUAUAUAAGGACGUGCAGCCUGGUGCAGAAAAUUAACACAUAGAUAUAGACACACUACUUACUGUUUAUUUAUAAUAAUAAUAGUAAUAGCCGAGAGACGGAAGGAAGGAAGAAAGGAAGGAAAUCACUAUAGCUAAAUAAGCAUUAUAACUAUAUAAGAAGAAGAACAGAGAAGAAAGAAGGGAAGGUGAGAAGGCAGAAGAAAGCCCCCCAGCCGGUCAGAGGCUCGGUUAGAUUUUUCUCCCCUCAUCUGUCUUUCACCCAAACGCAACCAUAAGGCUCCCACCGCCUCCUCUUCCUCCUCCCCCCUUCUCCUCUUCCUCUUCCUCCUCCUCCUCUUCCUCCUCCUCCUCUCCCUCCUCGCGCCUGGCGCUCUCCCGCUUCUUCCUGGGCUCGGCGUGGUCGCGCAAAAUCUCCAAUAUUUAUUUCCUGUACGUCAAGAGGAAAGGGGGUCCCCCCUUCGUGCAAUGCGGGAACAUGGGCGUGUUUGACCGCGGCGUUCAGAUGCUGCUGACCACGGUGGGCGCCUUCGCCGCCUUCAGCCUCAUGACCAUCGCCGUGGGCACGGACUACUGGCUCUACUCGCGCGGAGUCUGCAAGAUCAAGAGCACCAACGAGAACGAGACCAGCAAGAAGAACGAGGAAGUCAUGACACACUCUGGCCUGUGGAGGACGUGCUGCCUGGAAGGAAACUUUAAGGGAAUGUGUAAACAGAUAGACCAUUUUCCAGAAGAUGCGGAUUAUGAAGCCGACGCAUCGGAGUACUUCUUACGUGCUGUGAGAGCGUCCAGUAUAUUUCCGAUCCUCAGUGUGAUUCUGCUCUUCAUGGGUGGUCUCUGUAUCGCUGCCAGCGAGUUUUACAAAUCCCGCCACAACAUCAUCCUCAGCGCUGGGAUAUUAUUCGUUUCUGCAGGCCUCAGUAACAUCAUCGGCAUGAUCGUGUACAUAUCGGCGAACGCGGGGGACCCCACCAAGAGCGACUCCAAGAAAAACAGCUACUCGUACGGCUGGAGCUUCUACUUCGGCGCCCUGUCCUUCAUCAUGGCCGAGAUGGUGGGGGUUCUGGCCGUGCACAUGUUCAUCGACCGGCAUCGAGAGCUCAGGGCGGGGGCGCGGGCGGCAGAUUACCUCCAGGGCUCGGCCAUCACGCGAAUCCCGAGCUACCCGUACCGCUACCGGCGCCGCUCACGCUCCUCCUCGCGCUCCACCGACCCCUCGCACUCCCGGGACGCCUCACCGGUGGGCCUGAAGGGCUUCGGAGCGCUGCCGUCCACCGAAAUCUCCAUGUACACACUGACCAGAGGGGGCGACACGCUAAAGGGCAGCCACGGGACCCCCACGGCCACCUACAACUCAGACAGGGACCACAACUUCCUCCAAGUCCACAACUGCAUUCAGAAGGAGCUCAAAGACUCGUCCAACACAGCCAACCGGCGCACCACGCCCGUAUGAGGACGUGAGGAACCCCCAAGACCGAGAGAGAAAUGGGGGACGGGGCAGACGGGUGGGCAUAUAGAGAACAAAGCCCUCAAAUAUUACUGUAUUACUGAUCAAAUUUCAUAUCCCUUCAGUUCUCAUACUUCUUGAUUACGUAGAGCUGGGAGGAUCUUCUGUGUUUAUUUGAAAGGUUAUUUUACAUGUAUGCAUGAUUAUUUUUGCCAUUUGUCAUCAGGGAAUCGAGCUCGCUCUGUCUGGGGUUGGA